CGCAUGGAGCCAGAGCAGAGGACUCAAGCCGAGCGCGUCUAGCCGUCCCCCAGUCAAUGGCGCUGCUUGGCGCGGCCACGCUCCCGAAAGAAGCUGCAGAAGGUGACGCGACGGCGACAGACGGCGCCACCAUUGGUCCGCCGUUUCUCAAUCUCUUCUUCCGCUCCGCCGGCUCGCCUAAUCCUACAUUCCUACCCCGUUUGCCGCGGCCUGCAUGCCAGCGCGUCGCCGGGAGGGAAGCUAACCUCACCAUUCUUCCAGCCGGGCGGCGAGCGCCGCCGCCGCCAUGUACCCGUGCCUCAGCAUCGAGGGCUACGACGACAGCAGCAGCGGUGGCAGCAGCCCGGUCUCCUACCGCUCCGGCCCCUCGGAGAGCGACGGCUCCAGCAGCAGCAACGCCGACGAGUUCUGCCCCGACCCGUACCCGAGCGGGUCCGAUUCGCCUUCCUCCUCCUCCUUCGUCCGCGACGGGGUGGACCGCACAAGCUUCCUUACGGCGGCGUCCGCCUGCGUGCUCGACGACAUCGACAGUCACCGGCAGCGCAUGCUCGCCCUCCUCCCGGCCUUCUCCUCUCCAGCCGGGGCCGGCGCACGCGCUCAACCCUUGUCUCGCUGGCUCUCCGGGUUCGGCGUCGGCUGGGUUCUGGACAUGGACGCGUCCGGCUUAACCGGCGCCGCCGCCGAGAGACUCCCGCGCCGGGAAGUCGGGAGAAGGGUCAGGGCGUGGGCGCAGGCGCUGGGCACCAUGGAGCGCGUCUUCCGCCUCCGGCACCGGGAGCUCACGGUCAAGCAGGUGGAGGCUCUGGGGGAGCUCGCGGCGGCGAGCCCCGGCGCGAUGCUCAGGCUGGCCCGGGCCGUCGCCGCGCUCGAGAGCUCCCCGUCGAAGCUGCUCGCGGCGCUCGACGUGUACGCCCCGGUCUCGGAGGCGUUCCCCGUCCUUGGGAGGAUGUUCUCCUGGGGCCCCUCCCACCCCGUCUCGGCUGCCGCCGGGGGCACCCUCGCCGCGCUGGUGGACGCGACGCGGAGCUGCGGCCGCGACCUCAGGGCGUUCGUUCGCUCGCACUACCCGUGGCGGAUGCCGCAGGGCGGCGAGGUGCACCCGUGCGUGGGGUUCUGGAUGGGCUACUUCCGCUGCCUGCUGCGCAACCGCAUCUCGCUCUGCUUCGUUCUCGGCGGCAGCGGCGACGGCGAUGGCGAAGAUGCGCCGCCGGGCGCCGAGGGCGGCUUCGGCCUGGUGACGGAGCUGAUCUCGUGCCUGGAGGCCGUGCUCGAGGAGAAGUCGGCGGCGCUCGCGUUCCCGGGUCUGCGGCAGGUGUUCAUGCUCAACAACACGUUCGCCAUCGUGCGCCGCGCCGUGCGCUCCGACCUCAAGCUGUUCCUGCCGCCGGGAUGGGUCCGCGCCCGCGACGAGCGCAUGGAAGGGUUCAUCAAGGGCUACAUGGACGUAUCAUGGGCGCCCGUCGUGGCGCGCUUGGACGACGCAGGCGGCACGAAGGCGUCCGCCGUCCUCCGCCGCCGGACGGCCAACCGGCUGAGCGUGUUCUACUCGGCGCUGGAGAACGCCUACAGCGCUCAGAGGUGCUGGAAGGUGCCCAACCCCGUGCUCCGAGGUGUACUCCGGAAAACCGUCUCGGGGAACGUCGUGCCGGCGUAUCGCCGGUACCUGGAGGACCACCCGGAGGUUGACGUUGCUGUCGGGCGCUCCGCGGAGGAGCUGGAGCAGCAGCUGUCGGACUUGUUUGAAGGCUAGAAGACGGCGUUGAGUAGAAGUACAGGAUCAGCAGAAAGUUCAUACAUUUACAAGGAAACAGAGUUACAGAACUUAGUUCGGUAGCUUUGCUGUAUCAGAAAUUCAGAAUUCACAACACAGAGAUCAAAGACCGGAUUGCGCAGGAUUGCCUGAGUUGAAUUCUGAAACUUUCAGUUCCAACUUUCAUAUGUUUAGUUUGACGGGCGACAGAAGGGCCAAUGCCCUCGUGCACUUCCAUAUGAAUGAAAUCUCUAUCUCUAAGUGACGAAACCUGCGGACGAUUCUUGAGCGGGCAUUGGGCCACGUCGCUCCCAAAUUCUUAACCGUCAGAUCUUAUAUCUAUGGUUAAAACUGAAACCCUCGGCCAUCUUCUGGAUGCUUCGUCCACACAACGACUUUUUCUUGCCUCGCGGCCGCCGGCACGACCGUUCUUCUCCCUCGCCGCAAUUGAGAGCAUCCAAGGGCAGGGCCUUCUUCCGUCAGCGUCGGCGUCACCUCGCGGCCACCAGACACCAGCACGUACGCUCCCUCCAUCGGAAGGGGAGAUGGCGGCGGCCGAGUGCUGAGGCUGCAUGUCGACUUCAGUCAGCCCUCGAGAUGGUGUGGCGGCCGCAUGUUACGCCGGCGACCAGCAGAAGAUGAGAUUGCAAAAAAUAGCUGCCUACUGCUCAAGAUCGAAAAAAAAAAACAAAUCAAAUCCAUUCUCUUCGCAUCUCCAAUUUCUACUCCACGAAGAUGGCUGGUGGUGCUGUGAUUACUUGGCAUCGAGGAGCUAGCUCAUGUUAACGCAGGCGAACGCACGCGGCGGUCGCUACAGACGUAGCAGCCUACGAGUAUAUGCUACCCGGCAGCCGGCAGCCGUGGGCCUGCGUGCCCAUUGAGGAAUCACACCGAUGUACAUUCAGAUUCAGUUCCAGAAUGUGCAGAUGCGUGCAGGUGCUUCCUUCAGUAGAGAAGCAGCUUGUUUGAUUCGCUGGAUUCGAGAUUAAAGCAUAUUGUUUUGCGCGACAGGUCAGUAAGCAAAUGCUGACUGAUCCCUUUGAUUGAGCUGUGCAAAUCCGCACACACUUGAUUGCUACA